GUGCGAUUUCCCGCCUUUCGUGACGGUUUCCGGCAUGUCGGGCCGAGAAGAAGAGCCGUCAUAAUGGAGUCUGUAGGUGGCUCGAACGUAGAAACGUGUUUAUGUUUUCGCAGUGAGGUUUUAAUCUAGUGUUUACUUUAAAAACGGAGAUUUGCCGAAGAGCCAGCGUACCUAAUGACCGGUAAAUAGGUUGUGUGCUGCGGAUUGUGUUGUAAGAGCCGGUCAUCAUGACAACCGAAAUCGGCUCCCCGCAGCGGUUCUUCCACAUGCCGCGGUUCCAGCAUCAGGCGCCGCGGCAGGUCUUCUACACGCCGGACUUUGCCCAGCAGCAGGCCAUGCAGCAGCUCACCUUUGAUGGAAAACGAAUGAGGAAAGCUGUUAAUCGCAAAACCAUAGACUACAACCCAUCAGUCAUUAGAUACCUGGAGAACCGACUGUGGCAGCGAGACCAUCGAGAUUUCCGUGCUAUCCAGCCCGAUGCAGGAUGUUACAACGACGUGAUUCCGCCCGUCUCGUCCCUCACUGUGGGCAUACUGAACAACCCGAUGAACGCCGUCACCACCAAGUUCGUCCGAACCUCCACCAACAAGUCAAGUGCCCCGUGUUUUGUCCUGGCUUGGACUCCUGAAGGUCGCCGUCUGGUCACCGGCGCCUCCAGCGGCGAGUUCACCCUUUGGAAUGGACUCACCUUCAACUUUGAGACCAUUUUACAGGCCCACGACAGCCCUGUGCGGGCCAUGACCUGGUCUCACAAUGACAUGUGGAUGCUGACGGCAGACCACGGCGGCUACGUCAAGUACUGGCAGUCCAACAUGAACAACGUCAAGAUGUUCCAGGCUCACAAGGAGGCCAUUAGAGAAGCCAGUUUUUCUCCGACAGAUAAUAAGUUCGCCACCUGUUCUGACGAUGGAACUGUUCGGAUCUGGGACUUCCUACGUUGUCACGAGGAGCGGAUCCUCAGAGGUCACGGAGCGGACGGAAAGUGUGUUGAUUGCAUCCUACAAAAGGUUGGUGGUUUCUGCAGUAAGGACAGCCAGCAGCCAAUCAAUUUCUGGGAUCCAAAGACCGGACAGAGUCUGGCUACACUCCACGCCCACAAAAACACAGUGAUGGAGGUGAAGUGGAACCUGAACGGUAACUGGCUGCUGACAGCGUCACGUGACCACCUGUGCAAGCUGUUCGAUAUCCGGAACCUCAAGGAGGAGCUUCAGGUGUUCAGAGGUCACAAGAAAGAAGCCACAGCUGUGGCCUGGCAUCCUGUCCACGAAGGCCUGUUUGCCAGCGGCGGCUCAGAUGGUUCCCUCCUGUUCUGGCACACAGGUGUGGAGAAGGAGGUGGGCGGGAUGGAGAUGGCUCAUGAGGGGAUGAUCUGGAGUCUGGCCUGGCACCCGCUAGGUCACAUCCUGUGCUCGGGUUCCAACGACCACACCAGUAAAUUCUGGACGAGGAAUCGUCCCGGUGAUAAGAUGAGGGACCGCUACAACCUGAACCUUCUGCCUGGAAUGUCUGAGGAUGGUGUGGAAUUAGAUGAUGUGGAACCAAACAGCAUGGCCUCCAUCCCUGGCAUGGGCAUCCCGGACCAGCUGAAGGCAGCCAUGGAACAGGAGCAGAACAGUAAAGAUGCAACUCCUGAGAUGGAGAUGUCCAUCCCUGGUCUGGACUGGGGCAUGGAUGAAGUCAUGGGCAAAGACACCAAGAAGGUCCCACAGAAGAAAGUUCCAUACGCUAAACCAAUCCCAGCACAGUUCCAGCAGGCCUGGGCGGAGAAUAAGGUUCCAAUGAUGCCCCCUGCUGGUGAUUCGAAAGAGCGGAAGAUAAUGGAGUCGAAAAUGGACGGGAAGAAGAAGAGUCAGGCUGAGCUGGAGCAGGAGAUGGCAACACUGCAGUACACCAACCCCAUGCUGCUGGAGCAAAUGAAGAUGGACAGGAUGAAUCACAUGAAUCCUGACGCCAACAUGGGCCCUCCACAGGGACAAGGUCCUGGGUCUCUUUCCCCAGCUCAGGAGGCCAGGGGUGGCCCUGGGGGCUCCUUGGCUGCUGGACAGCAGGGGUUCAACCCAAACAUGCCUCCUCAGCACAUGCCCAACAACAUGGGUUCCACCAUGGGCCCCGGGGGCAUGCAGCCUCCUUUCAUGCCUCAAGGACAGCUGGGAGCACCCUCUGGUCCCCAGAUUCACCAGGGUGCCCCUCAAGGUGUAAUGGCCCCUCCAGAGAUGCAAGGACCCCAAGGCAUGCAGAGACAUCCUGGACCCCCAGAAACAUGGGCCCACAGAGACCCUCAUGGCCUGGGACCCGGACCCAGAGGGAUUCCGGGGCCCCCUGGAGCGAUGAUGGGCCCUCCACCUCGAGGAAUGGGUCCACGAGACCCUCAAGGGCCUCCACCUCAGGGUGGCAUGAUACCACCACAAGGACAUGUGAUGGGGCCCAAGGGUCCAAUGCAGGGGGGGGCCAUGGGGCCCCAACCCAGGACACAUGGCAACAUGCCCAACAAUUAUGGAAUGAACAAUAUGCAGGGGCCCCCUGCAGGGUUACAUGGCUCUUCAGGAAAUAUGCAGGGCCCUCCAGGUAAUAUUCAAGGACCACAUGGAAACAUGCAGGGGCCCCCAGUUAACAUACAGGGGCCCCCGGGAAAUAUGCAGGGCCCUCCAGGUAACAUUCAAGGACCACGUGGAAACAUGCAGGGGCCCCCGGGAAACAUGCAGGGGCCAUAUAUGCCACAUCAGGCUCAGAACUCAGGACCGAUGAUGCACGGGAUGGGGCAGCAGGGUCCAACAGCAAAGGUAAGACCUCGGGGACCACCACCAAACCACCACGUGGGACCUCCAGACCGCCAGGGUCCAGGAGGUCCUGACCAGGGUUCAGGUCCUUACUGGGGUGAUGAUCAUCAAGGUCGAGGUGGACCCCAGGAUUUUGAUGGAGGUCAAGACUUCCACAGCAGAGAAGAGGGUUGGAGGCCAGGCCAGGGCUACCAAGGAGGCCACAGGGGAGGGAGCCACAGAGGAGGGAAUGGAGGGAACUGGGCCCCUGAGGAAAGGUUCCCCCGAGAAGGAGGAGAGUUUCGAGGACGGCGAGAUGAUCGGUACAGAGGGGGUGGUCCUGGCCAACCUGCAGGGCGGGGCUACACUGACAAGUAUGGCGGUCAGGAAGAAGGUUUUGAUGGCCAUGAUGAAAUGGGUCGGGGAUGGGAACAUGGAGGCAGAGGAAGACCUCUUCCUCGAGGAGGCUGCCCCCCCAGGGCUGGAGGUCACGACACUUAUCGGGACAGUCAGGAAAUGCAUGAAGGGUCGUCGGGCGCUGGACGCGAGCGCCCCUCCUCCCUGCAGAGCAUGGACAUGGCCUCCCUGCCCCCCCGUAAGCGUCCCUGGCAGGACGGGCUGGGUCCUGGAGAUCUCCGAGAGCGAGAAUCACCUGGAGCUGAUGGCGGUCGACCUCCUCCGAGGGAUGAUGGCGGUUACGGUCCAUCUGGGCGAGGCGGGCGGCUCGGCUGGGGUCCUGGAGGAGGACCGGGACCCCGUAGAGGAGGACCUCCCCGAGGAGCCCCAAGGGGCCGGGGUCGCUGAUCCUGAAGGAAACGGUCAUCUGGUUCUCCUGCCAGGACGUGCAGGGACAGACAAGAGUCCAGCCUCACAAAUCCAGUGACAUGCUCAUACGUCUGCUGCAGCAAAGCAUGAUGGGACAUCUGUGUGUGGCAGCGGUGCAGGAUCAUACCCAGAGCAAAACUCUGCAGAUUUUAAUGUCACAGCUAACAAGCAGAUCACCUGGUUUUAUUUCUCACUUUGUCCUCAGAUGGUUUUGUUUUUGUCUUUUGUAAGAAUUUCUAUGUGUUUGUGUUUCCACCGUCUUCAGGUGAACAAUAAAGAUUCACAGUUCAAA